AUUAAGCAGCUGUUUUGUGGAUUGUUUACAUUUUUGCAUACAUUUUAGAUGUUCGUUUAAAAUUGCAAUGUCUGAAGAUGAAGAUGAUUAUAUGUCUGACAAAUUUUUAUCAGGGCUUCAGGAGGUACGUCCAAGCUUAGUUAGUAAUCGCGCCAAGAAGCGUCAAAUUGAAGUGCAGACGAAGCAGGCGGAACACAACAAGCGUCAACGCGAGGCUGCCAAGGCUACCACAGUUGAUAAUGCGCGUCUUCAACAGACACUAAGUCAGCCACUUGCUGCGGACAACAAAGGCUUUCAACUGCUGGCCAAAAUGGGCUACAAGGCAGGAAGUGGGCUGGGAAAAAAUGAGGAUGCACGCACUGAGCCUAUUGGGAUAUGCAUUAAAAAAGAUCGCGGUGGACUUGGACUUGCCAAGAGACAAGAGUUGCGACGGGCACAUUUGCUACGUAAAGCGGGAAUUGAGUCAAGCGGAGAAAUCAGUACAGAAGCAUAUAGGCGAAGAGCUACACAAAAAGCGGAGGAGCGCAAGCUGCUUUACGAUCUGAAACGUUGUCAACAAACGUGCGAGUCCCUAGAUCUGGCAGCAGGCGUGCAAGAACCAGAAUUGGACUUUUUCUGGCCGCCCAAGCCAAUCGAGCAGAAUGAUGAGGAAGAUACUGAAGCAGAAGCUGAUGAUGAACUAGAGAAGGAAGAGCCAGAGGAACAGUACAGUGUUGAGGAGCAGCUGGAGCUAUUGAUGAGCUAUCUACGCACUUCCUAUCAAUUUUGUUAUUGGUGCGGCACACACUAUGAAAAUGCUGAGGACUUGGACACCAACUGUCCUGGCUUGACACGCGAUGAACAUUAGUCUAGACUCUAGAAUUAAGUUUUAUAAAAUACGUGCAUAUAUAUAUAUAUUACAAUAAAAUGUAGUCAAAAAACA